ACUGACUAGGGAGCAGGACACCCCACAGCGGAGCCAGAGAUACUGCAGCUGAGGAGGCUGAGGAAUAGAGGAACAAGAGAGAGGUUUGAGAAAGACUGUGAGAGACAGAGACAGUGAAAAAGAUAGUCAGGAUUAGCCAGCAGAAGCUCCCUUCAGCAGGCAGGCAGACAGCAGACAUGAUGUCAACCGAACAACCCCAGAAGAGAAUGGUCUCCUCUGUCUUCAUCACCCUGGCCUCUCCACACCGGCCUCCGUCGAGGGCAGCGCCGCUUAGCGCCAACCCGACCGAAACGCAGAUCACACCCAAUCAAAUCCAGUCAAAGCCCAGCUCCAGCUCCAGCUCCGCUGAGCCAAAAACCAGUUGGACUGAAGCACCGCUCAGCCCCACCAGGACUGGAAACCAGCCUGCCUCCAGCCGGACACAGCCUCUUAGUGCCAGCCUGCUCAACCAGGCCAAGCCAUCCAAUCAGAUAACUCCAGCCACCAACGGGAUCACCCAGGCAGUGCCUCCUAGUACCAGCAGGGAGGCGCCACCUACCAGUGCAAACAGGCUCCCUCAACCCAAAUCCCCACAGGGGGCAACCACCAAGCUGCUACCAGGGUCUGACAGCCUUUCCAGCGCAGAUUUCUUCCCACCUCCCCCUCCCGUGGAGGAGCUGUCUCCCUCUGCCCGGCUCGAGGCUGUGUCCCCCUCCUUCAGUAAGCAGGGACUCCAGACACUGCCGGGACGUCCUGCCACCUCCUCCGGGCAGCGGUCUGUCCCCAUGACUGGGGCUCUGAGACAGGAUAGGGCUCCCCCUGCUGGAAUGAGACAGGCAGCGCAGGAUGAGCUCUGGGAGUCUCUGGCAAUGCAACAACCCAGCAAACAAGAGGAGCCUCAGAAAUCAACAGAUAUAUGUGGAUUUUGCCACAAGGCUAUUUCCCCGACUGAACAAGCCAUACAGGCAAUGAAAGAGAUGUAUCACGCAUCCUGCUUCACCUGCAGGAAGUGCUGUCACCCGCUGGCAGGAGAGCUUUACUACAACAAGGAGGGCGUACCAAUAUGUGAUCCAUGCUACAAGGCCACUCUGGAGCGAUGCGGGCGAUGCGAUCAGGUGAUCGUGGAUCGUAUGACUCGUGCCAUGGAGACUGUCUUCCACCCUGAAUGCUUCACCUGUGCUGUGUGCCGGCGACCAAUAGGAGAUGAGAGAUUCGUUGUGGACGACAACAACGAAGUGUACUGCAUUCCGGACUAUUACAGGAAGUACGCAUCGACGUGCAGCAUCUGCAAGGAGCUCAUCGUCCCCGGGAAGGACGGCAAGGACAUGUUUACCGUGGAGUGUCUCGGGCGCACGUUUCACGAGGGCUGCUAUCGCUGCGAGAACUGUAGAGUCCUGCUGUCCCCCGAGCCCAAUGACCAAGGCUGCCACCCGCUGAAUGAUUGUAUUCUCUGCAAGUCCUGUAACCUGAGCAAACAGAGAGCCAGCUAAUCGGCUCAGCCCUGCACCCUCACACAACAUAUCUUUACAUCCAUGCUGUAGCACCUUUCCCCUUACCUUCUGAUGAGGUCUGCAGCCGUUCUCCAGUCAUUGUCUCCGCAAGUGGAAGACUACUACAACUUUAACCAAGCAUGUGAAAGGCGGACACCAUGGAAGACAACCUGUCUUCAAAUCCAUUAAAUAACUCAAUUCCAUUGAUGGUGUUAUAUCUUGUGUUAUCGAUGGUUUUGUGAUUACCUGUAAUUGAUUUUUCUUUUAAUAUAUAAUGAAUAAAAUAAAUGGAAACAA